UUCUCUCUUUCUCCAUCUCUCUCUCUCUCUUUUUCUCUCUCCGCUCCUGUCUCUCUCUCUCUCUCUCUCUCUCUCUGCAUGCUUUAGACAGCCCCGUCCUGCAAAUGGUGGGCACAUUGCUGCUGUACUACUGCUUUUGGGGGGCAGUCCCAGCACUUGCAGAAAGCGACGAGGAGCAGAGGCGAGUGAGCCCUGAGAAAAGUCAAGUAUGGGGCCCCGGGUUGAAGGCGGCGGUGGUCCUGCCCGCGCGCUAUUUCUACAUCCAGGCGGUGGACACCGCGGGGCACAAGUUUGCAUCUUCUCCAGGUGACAGUGUUUUCCAGGUGAGAAUCUCAGCUCCAGGCGAGCAGACCGCAAAGGCUGGAAUCCAGGUUUUAGACCGAAAAGAUGGGUCAUACAUAGUCAUAUACAGACUGUUUGCAAGUUACCCAAAACUAAAGAUCAGAGUUGAAUUCCAAGGUCAACAUGUGGACAAAUCACCAUAUAUUUUAGAAGGGCCAGUAUACCAUGAGAACUGUGACUGCCCCUUGGAGGACAGUGAAGCCUGGCUGCAAGAGAUGAACUGCCCAGAAACCUUUCCUCAGAUCCAGAGAGAUCUCCAGCACUUCCGCGUCAUCGACCCAGAAAAGAUUGCAGUGGAAAUCCCCAAGAGAUUCGGACAAAGGCAGAUACUAUGCCACUAUACCUUGAAGGAUAACAAGGUGUACCUCCAGACUCACGGGGAGCACGUCGGUUUCAGAAUUUUCAUGGACGCCAUCCUACUUUCUUUGACUCGAAAAGUGAGGAUGCCGGACAUGGAGUUCUUUGUUAACCUGGGCGACUGGCCUCUGGAGAGGAGGAGCUCCAGCUCGAACAUCCUGCCCAUCUUCUCCUGGUGUGGCUCUUCCGACUCCAGGGACAUCGUGAUGCCCACCUACGACCUGACCGACUCGGUGCUGGAGACCAUGGGCCGGGUGAGCCUGGACAUGAUGUCGGUGCAGGGGAACACGGGCCCCCCGUGGGACAGCAAGAACUCCACGGCACUGUGGAGGGGCCGGGACAGCCACAAGGAGAGGCUGGAGCUUGUGAAACUCAGCAGGAAGCACCCCGACCUCAUCGACGCCGCCUUCACCAACUUCUUCUUCUUCAAGCACAACGAGAGCCUCUACGGACCCAUCGUGAAGCACAUCUCUUUCUAUGAUUUCUUCAAGCAUAAGUACCUGAUCAGCGUGGACGGUACGGUGGCCGCCUACCGCCUGCCCUACCUGCUGGUGGGCGACAGCGUGGUGCUGAAGCAGGACUCCAUCUUCUACGAGCACUUCUACCAGGAGCUGCGGCCCUGGGAGCACUACAUCCCCGUGAAGAGCAACCUGAGCGACCUGCUGGACAAGCUGCAGUGGGCCAAGGAGCACGACGAGGAGGCAAAGAAGAUCGCAAAAGCAGGACAGGAAUUUGCAAGAAACAAUCUCAUGGGUGACGACAUCUUCUGUUAUUAUUUCCGACUUUUCCAGGGAUAUGCCAGUCUCCAAGUAAGUGAACCCAAGAUCCGCGAGGGCAUGGAGAGAGUAGAAGCUCAGACCAAGGAUGACCUCUUUCCCUGCACCUGCCACAGGACAAAGACCAGAGAUGAACUCUGAUGUGUGAAAUACCUCCCUUUUGAAUAGUGGUGCUCUCAAGACUCUUCUCUGAGAAGAAGGAUGCUUUUGAAACAUGGUGCCAAGGACGCUUAAAAAUUCACUCUGUGAUUGUUUGGAAGAUAUGUUUCUUCUUAUCUUAUGCAGUAUUCGGAUUAUGAAGAUGUUUCUUCUAAUACAGUAUUCCCAGGCCAGGACUGUCCUGUGACGUGCAUUUUCACACUUUUAUAAUAAAACCACUUCUAUUCUA